AGAAAAAGACCGAGAGAGUGAGAGAGUGAGAGAGUGAGAGAGAGAGAGAGAGAGAGAGAGAGAGAGAGACAGAGAGAGAGAGAGACAGAGGGGGAAAACAGCAGAUGAGGGUCAUUGGGGUUUUCCACUGUGUAGGAUUAGAAAAGACAUGAGAACUAGGUAAGGCACAGUGAGGAGGGGAAACAUAUGUGUAGUCACAGAAAGAUCAGACAGCAGAAAGAGAGCGGGGACAGAAGAACGUGAGCGCUGAGCAUGUGAACAUCAGAAAAAGAGAGAGGAAAAAGAGAUUUCACCGUCAAGGGAUGCUUUUUGAGCUGAGAUAACUUAAAACAGCUGUAAUUUCAAGGGUUAGGAGACAAGGCGUAAAGGCAGACAGUCAUUAGUCUAAAGCUUAGAUAUUUUACACACAGGUGGUGGACUAAUCGAAUGGGCUACAAAUGGCUAAGUGCCAAAGUGAUCAGUACCUGAAAGAAGGAAGAUGCUGUAAACGAUGUCCUGCAGGAAAGUAUGUGAAAGCUGAGUGUGAUGCCACAAAGGAGACUGAGUGUGGUGACUGUGACAGUGGAUUCUACACAGCUACAAUAAAUUACAUGCGAAGUUGUAAACGCUGCAGUGACUGCAAAUCUGAAAAGCAGACGAUAGCAACAGAGUGCACACGAACGACAGACGCGGUGUGCAGGUGUGUGAAUGACUACUUCUGUAGUAAUGAGCUGUGUGACCACUGCCAGCCACUGAGAGUCUGCAAAGAGGGCGAAGGAGCCGAGGUCCCAGCCAAUCGCACCAGUAAUGCAAACUGUGUUCCAUGUAAAGAAGGGACCUACAGCAACGUAACAGAUUCCUACUCACCCUGCAAAGCACAUACAAGAUGUGCGGAAUUAGGGAGGGAGCAGAGAACUCCAGGAACCGCAAAAACUGAUGCUGUCUGUGGUGGCUACAUAACGAGGUGUUCCUGGGAAUUGCCUGCAACUCUGUGGUCAGGACUCGUGUUGACCGCGCUCAUCCUGUUUGCUAUUGUCAUCUGCAGGAGAGCGAAACGCAAAUUGUACAAAGCAGCCAAACCCAGUGUUCCCGUUACUCUGAUGGAGGUUCCAAAAACAUUGGUCACUUCGCUGGAUCUGCCUUUACCAUCCACAGAGCUGAACGACCACUUCCAAGAGAGCUGCAUCACAGAGGAAUGCAAGUUAACACUUUAUAGCACAGAUGAUCAUCUGGUCAGUAACUGCGACAGCAGCCUCCCAAUAACGCCACUGAAGGCCUCAGUUUCAUUUGCGGAGUCCAAUCACAACAAUGGAAGUGUAGGAUACCGCCCCAACAAUUUCCUCAGGACCUACUCAGAGCCACAGGAGGACGAGUGGUGUGGGAUAUGACAAAGUAAAUGGUGUAACAGCAUGCUGAUGGAGCUUAGAGUCCCUCUCAGUCUUGGAGAUGCUGCAACUUCUGUAAACUAUAACUAUUUAUAAACAAAGUGUAGGAUUUUACUUUCUGGACAGUUGACGAUGUCUGAUCAUUUGUCGCCUCCUGCAGGACGUUUGUGAGAACUUCAGCUCGGGUGACGUAAUAUCUCUGUGUAGCAUUUACAGUUAAGCUAGCAGCUAAAAACCCUGACAGAUUACUCAGGAGAACAUUUUAUAAUAUGAACAGACUUGACUUUUAGAAGAAAACACUGGUGCAGCUCUUUACUUGAGUCAUUCCCUUUGAUGUGAAUUUGUCUUAGAUAGGAGCUUCACAAGUAAAAAGCAGCACUGCCUGUGGUCCUCAGCUACAGCUCAGCGCUGUCCCUACUAAAAGAUAUGCCUGGUGAUAUUCUACAUUUUUCUUAUUGUCAACAAAUCCCAUGAAAAUACCAAAAUCAACAACAAAGUAAUCCUACUAACAAGUAUUACCUGUGUUUCCAAACUCUUUUGUGAAAUGGAGCUCCAUUGUUGUUCAAGAACUGUUAAAACACAUAAUGAACCAGACUUCUGUAUUACUGGUUGAUGUGUCUCCACAUUAUCAUGAACAUGGGCACUGUAGUUUAUUUUGACUUAUUCCCAAAUUGGGUGUCUUGCAGCAGUGCUCAGCUCUUAAGAGAAACAGACUUAACAUGUUGUCGGUUAUAGACUUUUCAUGGGUAUUUGUUGACAGUAAAAAAAAAUAUUAAGUAAUUCCAGCAUUAUCUUUUAAUGUAAACUAUGUCUCUGUUAUUGUGUUUUAAAUAUCUAAUUUAACUUAUAAAGUUCUAACUUCAGCAAAUAAUUCAGGUUUAGAAUUGUACACUUAAACUGUUAGAAGCCAUCUUCUUUUUUAAGUACAUUGCAAUGCAAAUUGUGAUCACUGAAUUUCUAUAUUUAUGAAACUUUUAGAUGUUAAGUAACAAUAGCAUGCGCGCGCACGCACACACACACACACACACGCACACACACACACAGACAACUGAACUCGUAAAACUUAGUAUAACAUGAUGUAUUUACGAUGAAGCAGUGAAGCCUGACAGAUUUGUUUAUAACAUUGUGAAAAUAGACAGUGCAAUAUGAAGUGUGUUGGGAAUGUCGUUUUGCUCUGCUGUUCUCUUAAUUAGUACCAUCUGACAGAAACAAUCAAUAACAUGUACAUAACAGUAUUUUCACAGAUAUUAAGUAUUUUAAAUUGAUAUUGAUUAUAAUAAAAAAAAAAAGCUAUAAACAUUUAAA